AUGAAAGUCAUUUAUAUGAUUGUACUGUUGGUGUUGAUGUUAACCAUCACAUCAGUGGUCACCCAACUGUCCAAAGAUUUCUGUGAGGAAUAUCGGAAAAAUUACUAUAAAAUUGAUUUUUCAAUGAGUUUGUAUAAACGUUAUGGACAUUGUAAUGAUACGAUACUAUUGUUUAUCGGUAAUACCUACUGGAAAUUAUCAAUCAUAGACGGAUUGAGUGAUAAGACAGUUACUAUUGAUACUGUUAGUGCCGGUGCAACUAACUGGUUGUUCGCUAACAAAUACUCCAUGGCCUGGUCUUUUAACAUUGAUAUCAAUGAUUAUGAUGAUUAUGAUAAGCAAAAAAUUGCUACUAAAUACUACCCAUUGUGUCGUAUAAGUGCUCUACAGAAAGACAUGCAUACUAUUGAUUGGAUUAAAACAUCGUGUAAUGACAUGAAUAUUACAUUUGGUAUUAAAUCAUCGGAAAUAACUUUUAGCUAUUUUAAGCCAUUUGUUGUGUGGAUUGUCUAUAAUUAUGAUAGAUUUGCAACAAAAAUGAUUGCUUUCGCUGACAGUACCAAACAUUUACACUAUUUAGUUAAUCAAAGUACAGGUGCGCUAUCAUAUCAUACGAGUAAUGAUUUUUAUGGAUGGAAAUGGACAGGUCGUCAAAAUAUAAUAGCUAUUAGCCAACAAUAUACCUAUAACUGUAGUGAUACUACUGAUCCCCACCACAACCAAUCAACAAUUAACAAAAACAACUGUUUGAAUAGUAUGGGAUCAAUUGUCUUAAUGUAUGGCGACUAUGAAACAACUAUUCAAUACAGUUACGCUCAUACUAAUGGCCGGGCCAUUGAAUACGCUUAUUGGAAAUCGGCACCUCUUAAGACAUUGAUUGACUGUUCCCAGCAAACCAACAGCCAAUCGAUAAUUAUUAUUACUAUUAUAGUGAUAUCUAUUGUGUUUGCCAUUGUAUUGUCGGUAGUCAUCACUAUAAAUGUUUACGAUAAAACAAUUAUUUUAGCCUCCGAUGAACGCCUCCUCCUUAAAACAGCAAAACCCAUUUUGCAGACAAACACGUAUUCAUAG